UCUUCGUCGCGCGUGCCUUACUGCUUUCCUCUCUACUCUUCCUCGCGCUGCACUUCUUCCCCCUCCUCGCCGUCCGUCCCUCAUUUCCUGUCUUCGUGGUUUGUCUUCGCGGUUCGUCUUCGCCGUCCGUCUCCUCCCUCUUCUUAGCCGUCCGCCUCCUCGUCUUCUCACUUGGUGUUCACAGUCAGCUUCUGACGGUGAUCUCAAAUAGAUUGAAGCAUCUCGACCUAGUCUUUCUAUAUAUGGAUAAAUGAUAGAAAAAAAAUUAUUUUGUGAAAUUUUCCCAUUUUGAUCCAUCGUUUCCAUUCAACCUUCACUUUCAUUCUCCAAUGGCGAGGAGGAGUCAGGGUAUCAUAAUUACAGACAAGUACCAGAUGAGGACAUGGGCGAGAUCCAUGAGACACAAUUCCAUUGCUCUCGUUCCCACCAUGGGUUUCCUUCAUGACGGCCAUCUCUCUCUAAUCCAAGAAGCUCACAACCAUGCACAACUUGUUGUCGUCUCUAUCUACGUUAACCCUAGCCAAUUUGCCCCUUCCGAGGAUCUCUCAACCUAUCCUUCAGAUUUCGACGCCGACAUUCGGAAGCUCAUGACUGUUCCUGGAGGAGUUGAUGUCAUUUUCCAUCCUCACAAUCUCUAUGACUAUGGAGUUGAAUCAGCUAUGGAUUGUGCUGGAAUGGCCAACGUUUCUUGCUUGGAGGAAUCCGGUUCAGGGCAUGAGACAUGGGUGAGGGUUGAGCGUUUGGAGAAGGGCAUGUGUGGGAGAAGUAGGCCUGUUUUCUUUAGAGGGGUUGCUACGGUUGUUGCUAAGUUAUUCAAUAUUGUUGACCCUGAUGUUGCCUUGUUUGGGAAGAAGGAUUAUCAGCAAUGGCGGAUUAUCGACCGGAUGGUUCGAGAUCUUGAUUUUCCUGUAAAAAUUGUGGGGUUUGAAAUCGUGCGGGAUGCUGAUGGUCUUGCUAUGAGUUCUCGCAAUGUGCGGCUCUCACCUAUAGAAAGACAAAAGGCAUUGUCUAUAAACAGAUCAUUGUCAAAAGCAAAAUCUGCAGCAGAACAAGGUGAACUCAAUUGCAAAAGCUUAAAAAACUUAGUUGUCGAUGAAAUACAAGAAGCCGGCGGAGAACUUGAUUAUGCUGAGAUUGUGGAACAAAAAAGUUUAGAGGCUGUGGAGGAGAUCAAGAGUCCAGUUGUGAUCUUGAUUGCAGUUUGGUUUGGCAAAGUUAGGCUCAUAGACAACAUCGAAAUAAACAUUUGAGUAUGUACCUUUUUUUUUCCUUUUUAUUAAUAAGCCUUUUGAAAGCAUCACACAUCUAGUGCCGGAGUUAAAACCAUUUUUAUCGAUGAGGUGAUUUUUUUUUUAUAAGAGACAAGUAUAUUCAUAUAACAAAACAGAACAUCCUAAGGGCGAGGGACAAGAGGGCCCUCCCCGGAAGAAGCUAGGGAACUAAGACAUAAUGGCCUUCCAAUUGUUGAAAAUCAUAGAAAGGCUAUAAUUACAAAAGUGUUUGGUGUAAUUCGUACUCCACCAAGAGGCUGUGUGUUGAACCACAGUCCAAAAAGAAUCAAAAGAAUUAAAUCUAUCUUCAAAAAUUCUGCUAUUCCUUUCUUUCCAAAUGCUCCACUAAAGGGAACGCGUCGCACAUUUCCAUAAGAUGUUUCCUUUAGGGCUGUAACCUCUAAUGUUAAGACCUUCAAUCAUCCAGCUAUCAAUCUUGCUAGGAAGGCAAAGCUCCAAAUCAAAAAUACCAAACAGAGUGUUCCAAGCUUUUCUUGUGAAGGGACAUUGUAGAAAUAAAUGAUCCAAGGUUUCCUCAUCUUUAGCGCAUAGGCAACACAUCGAGGGGCUAAGCAAUGUGUUCUGAAUUUUUUUUUGUAGUUUCUCAUGGGUGUUGAGGCUUCUGUAAGCAAGCGACCAUAAGAAAAACUUCACCUUCUUCGGAAUUUUAUUCUUCCAAAUCUGACGAAUCAAGGGAACAGCAAUGUUGGGGGAUCUCUUAGUUAAGUUAAGAAAAGUAGAUUUUGUAGUGAAGUUGCCAUUCAUGUUAGGAGUCCAUUUAAGACUAUCAUUCCUUUCAGUGGGGGCCCAAGAGUGAAGAAUUUCUAAAGCUGAGGCCUUUUGGCAAUCUCGUUGUCGAGCAUAUUUCUUCUAAGGCCCAAAUUCCAAGAAUGAGUAGCAGUACACCAGCAUUUAGCCACAUAAGCUUCCUUAUUCAGCGCCAAAGAGAAUAAGUUAGGGAAUUUUUCUGCAAGUGUUUCCGCGACACACCAUUUAUCCUUCCAAAAUUUGAUUUUUGUUCCUUCUCCCAAAACAAAAGCAGAAAAAUUAAAGAAUAUCUCCUUAUGCUUUAAAAUACCAGCCCAUAAUCUAUGAGAUUUUCCCCUGUUUGGAUCUUUGGUAGACCACCCAUUCUCAUCUAAACCAUAGAUGGCCACAAUUAAUCGCCUCCAUAAUGAGGUUUCUUCCUUACUAAACCUCCAAAAUCAAAUCGAUGAGGUGAUUUUGAAAAUUGACAAAAGUGAUUUUAACCCUUUAGAAUUAUACUCGAAAUCAACUUGUUAGGGUGGUCUUGGGAUUGGCUCUUUUAGGCAAAAGAAUAUUGCUCUUCUCACUAAAUGGUUUUGGAGGUUUAGUAAGGAAGAAACCUCAUUAUGGAGGCGAUUAAUUGUGGCCAUCUUUGGUUUAGAGGAGAAUGGGUGGUCUACCAAAGAUCCAAACAGGGGAAAAUCUUAUAGAUUAUGGGCUGGUAUUUUAAAGCAUAAGGAGAUAUUCUUUAAUUUUUCUGCUUUUGUUUUGGGAGAAGGAACAAAAAUCAAAUUUUGGAAGGAUAAAUGGUGUGUCGCGGAAACACUUGCAGAAAAAUUCCCUAACUUAUUCUCUUUGGCGCUGAAUAAGGACGUUUAUGUGGCUGAAUGCUGGUGUACUGCUACUCAUUCUUGGAAUUUGGGCCUUAGAAGAAAUAUGCUCGACAACGAGAUUGCCAAUGCGGCCUCAGCUUUAGAAAUUCUUCAUUCUUGGGCCCCCACUGAAAGGAAUGAUAGUCUUAAAUGGAUUCCUAACAUGAAUGGCAACUUCACUACGAAGUCUACUUUUCUUAACUUAACUAAGAGACCCCCCUCCAUUGCUGUUCCUUUGAUUCGUCAUAUCUGGAAGAAUAAAAUUCCGAAGAAGGUGAAGUUUUUCUUAUGGUCGCUUGCUUACAGAAGCCUGAACACCCAUGAGAAACUAAAAAAAAAAGUU